UUUCCGCUUCCGGCUGGCUGAGAAGAGGGAGGAGAAGGAGGAGGAGGAGGACGAGAGGUCCUCGACGCGCCCCAGGAAAAUGUCUGACGACUUUUCGCUGGCAGAUGCUCUACCUGAAAGUUCCCCUGGCAAGACCACGACUGUGGGCAACACGAAACCACAGCAGCCCCCGCAAGCCUGGCCGACUUCCAAUCCCUGGAACAACGCGCCCAGCGCUCCCCCGACCGCUCCGUCCGGAUUGCCUCCGAGCACGUCCACCUCCAACGUGCCUUUUGGACCCCCGCCAACCGGAAUGUAUCCUUCCCUGCCCCCGGGAGCGCCCGUCCCUUUCCCGCCUCCUGGCUCUGCUUGUCCUCCCGGUGCCCCCUUCCCGCCCCCAGGCCCCGCCCCACCAGGCCAAUACCCUCCCCCAAACAUGCCCUUCCCAGAGCUCCCAAGGCCCUACGGGGCUGGCCCUACGGAACCAGCCGCUCCCCCUGCCGCUGUUGGACCGUGGGGAUCCAUGUCCGGUGGCGGGUGGGGCCCCGCAGUAGGGGGCCAGUAUCCUGCCCCUAGUGUGCCGUAUCCACCUCCAGGGCCGUAUUCCACUCCCAGCCAAACGCCAGGGGCUGCUCCUACGGUGCCGUGGGGCGCUGUCCCCCCAGGAACAUGGGGACCUUCGCCGCCAGCCCAGUAUCCUCCACCGGCAGGGUCCUAUCCAGCACCAGGACUGUACCCAACACCGCCUAAUCCUUACCAAGUGCCACCUGCACCUGCUGGAGCUCCGUCCAUGCCUGGCGGCCAACAUCCAUACCGUUGAACCUGUGGCAGUCUGAGAAAGAAUUCUCCCCCCCCGUCUGCUGUUUACGGAAAGAAAAAGAGAAAAAAAAAGAAAAGAAAAUUGUUUUUGGUAACCCUUUGGAGUCUUGAAGAGCACGCACCUUCUGCACACCUGUCUGAGGUGUAUAGGAGCACCUCUGCAUAAAGUGGACUCUGUUCAAAUGCAGAAGUAACCAUUUUGUUUGUCAAGAUGAUUUUGGAUAAACCAAGCCUCCUGCCCCAGCUCUCUAAUCCUUGCUCGAAUAAGGAUCUCAUCUUGGAACAGGUGGGCGUUGGCCCAGCGAGUAAGGACUACUCCGGAAUUGUCCAGAGAUUUGUUGAAACCUGGGAUCACAGCCGUUACUGCUUUUUAAAAUGCUGGACUUGCAGGGCAGGCUAGACUGAUAGUCCGUACCUUGUGUCUGUGUGUUCGGGUUAUUCAAGUCAUUUCAAUAAACUCGAUGUAUUGUGGAGAAGUUCUUGGAAGAAAUCUGCUAGGCGCACUACAGUCAUUCAUCAAAUGGAAGAGAAGCAGUGCUUGUGAAUUUGGAAGGCAAUUUUCAGCAUCAGGUUUGGGGAACUCAUUGCAAAGGGAGGGGGGAGAUAUCUGGCACUGGAGGCUUAGCGUUGUGCAAGUCGAUUUCUGUGUUCAAGCAGUUGGAAUAGAUCAUUCUUGAGAGAGCAAAACUUCAUAGUUUUCAUGAGCUGUCUCAGAAGAGUCAGAAACUGAAGAUACUUGAGUUUUAGCUUUGACGGAUGAGCUCUGACCAUUUGGGUUGUCUUGUGUAUUUCACUCCUACAAGCUGAAGUCUGAAUUGUACAUGUCUUUGCUGGGGAGGCCACAGAAAUGUCUCCAGGAAUAUCCCUCCUUGUCCCAACGGCUUUGGGAUCUUUGAACCUCCCUUUAUUGCUGUUCCAGUUUUGGAAUUGUGCCAUUAAUUAUACAGUGCUCCACAAAGUGCAGUUGGACACCUUAGCUUGGCAUGGUCUUCUUGUCCCCAGAUUGGAUGCCAAGGUCCAGUCUAGGACUAAAAACAUGAAGGUCUCUUGUAGUUAGGUCUUCCAUUCAUCUCCAUUUAACUGAGUAAAAUGUGUAUGCUUAACCUGCGUGUACACUUUUCCGUUUUUUUAAAAAAAGAUUGUCCCUAAACUGACAUAAACCCUCUUUCAGGGUGGCAUUAAGAGCUACAGUGUUUUGCUGUUGGGAUUAGCAGUGUAAGCUCUUCAGCAGAGCCUUCCAAACCCACACUUUAGUAGUCCAUGAAAGAUCAGCAAACUGUUGUCUGGUUGACAAGCAUCUGUUAACCUUUGGUCACCUGGAGACAAUUCUUAACGCUUCCUAAGCAAGUGGCUAUUCUCAAGCCUCGUUUAGGAAAUCCGUUUGCACGAGGGGAUCUGUUGAGAACUAGGGCUUCUCGUAUCAAGAAUUGUGGACGGAUGUCAUGGAAUGGUGUGCCACAAGCGGUAACGAUUGCACUGGUUUAUCUCCGAGCAGGAUUGAACCGGGUGUGUGUGGGGGAAAACGUGAUGCAUAGGAAAUUAAGGGCCUUUCCAUGCAAGUUUGUGGCAGCCAUUUCUUUCUCUUUGAUUCUGCAAGUCUUCCCUCCGUGUUCUCUUUUAGGGAUAUUGCAACUUCCCGGCAUUAUAAAGCACAGUAAUUAAUACCUGGGGAAAUGCCGUUCCCCCCCCCCCCCCCGAAACUAAUUACAAUGAAUGUGCUUUGGAACCUGGCUAUGCCAUUUGCCCAAGUAGCUAUCAGAUAUUUGAGACUAGUAAGUGGUAACUCCCUCUACCAACUUUGGGAAUUCUGAAGCUGAAACCCUAAAAUAAAGUCCCAGUAUCUUUUGAACCUUCUCUGGUUUGUUUUCUAGUGCAGUUCUUUGGAGGCUGUGUACUCUUCUCCUGUUCUGAGUAUCGACCUCACCUUGCAUGUUUAAUUGACAAAAGUUAUUUGUCUUGCUCCCCUCACCCCGAUCCUAUUUGGGUGGGGUGUUGCAUUAUUCCCACUGAAAAGGGAUUUGCAUAAGAUGCAAAAGCUAAAAUGCAGUUUUGGUAUGCUUUGCCUCCAGAGAGGCAAAAGAAUAAUAAUUCUCAGCAUUCCAACCUAAAUUGGGAAUAAUUCAGUGGGGAUGCAAGCUUCUGAGGUUCACAGAAUGCUCAUGGGGCAGAAGAGUUAAGUGAAAGAUGAAACACUGCAUACUACAGACCUUGUGUACUUCAGUGUAUUAUAUGUAUAAAUACUACAUUUUAUGAACUCUUGGAAACAAACUGUUAAAACUUGUGUAGAGUUUUGGCAAGGUUAGAGCAGAAUGCUAUUCAAACAUCAAGCUCGUAGAAGAGAUUUGUGAUGUCCUGGCUAACAGCGCAAUCUUCUUUAUGUCUACUUAGAAGCAAGUCCCACUGAAUUCAGCAGGACUUACUCCCAGGUAAGUGGGCAUAGGAUUGCAGCAUAAGUCAGAGUUGGGCCCAUACCCUGCCUAGACAUAAGAACACCAGAAGAGCCCUGCUGGAUCAGAACAAGGAUUUAUCUAGUCCAACAUUUGGUCACACAGUGGCUAGGCAGCUGUCCAUGGGAAACGCGCAAGCAGGACAUGAGUGCAACAGCACCCCCCUGCCCAUGUUCCCCAGCAACUGGUGUACAUAAACAUACUGCCUCUGAUACUGGAGAUAGCACAUAGCUAUUAGGACCAAUAGCCAUUGAUAGCCUUCUCCUCCAGGAAUUUGCCUAACACCGUUUUAAAGCCAUCCAAACUGGUGCUGUCAGAGGCAAAAUCACUCCAAACACAAAUGCAGCGGUGUGUAGGCUGUAGUGCGCUCUUCAUUCUGGUACACUUGACAGAGGCUCAUUGAUUUGCAUGUUCCAAGUAGGAGCAUAUAACACACAAAGACCUUAGUGCAGGGUUUUGAGUACCAAUGAAAGCAAUGCUCUUGGGUAACCCAAAUUCUGUGCCCUGAAAAACUGAAUUCUGCAAUCUGUGUGAACUCUGCAAAUCUGCACAUAAUUGUCUGCAUCUUUCUGGUGUGCUUGGCAUCCAGUGGGGAUCUUAUUUAGCCUCUCCUGUAGCUGCUGAGAUUUCAAGCAGGCACAUAUUCGCUCCGUCUUAAAGCCGGCACCCUGUGACCCAGUUUCAGAACCUCUCUUUCUUCUGUCCUCCCAUGGAAAUGUUGCAUAAACACAUCUUUGCCUAUAUUGGAGUAUAUUGGGCUAAAUGUUACGCUGGUCUCUCACUUUUUUGGGUGCUUGAAGUAGUAUCUUGAGGAAAUAACUUCAGUUUCUGUUCUGGUUACGUAUGGAAGAAACCAAUUGGGGCAAAAUACCCUUGAACGUUAAAAAUAGACCAGAUUUAUUGAUGGAAAGCAAAGCUUUAAAAAACCCAUCUCUGCUUAUUGUUCCUUGGUGAUCUAAGAAGCGCUUGAACAUUUUGAGAUGACUUUUCCCCUAGCAACGGGAGGCUCUGCCUUCAAAAGCCAUUGUUGUUUGAUGCCGUGUAGUUAAAACUCUUAAAUUAUUCUGUCCCAAGUGUGAGUGAUUUUUUUGGGCCUGAUGCUUGUUAUGCAAUGGAAAUUGUAUCGUUCCUAUGGUGUUCUUUGUGAGUUUAAACAUUGCUGAGAAGUUUGGGGUGGUUUUUUUGGCUUGUGCUUCUGGGGUGGAUAUUUAACUGCAUUUGUUUACAAUAUGGAAUUAUUAAGCAAUCACACUUCUGAAGUAUAGACCAUAUCACCUGCUGCUGUAUUUUUCCUUUUCUUUUUUAGAUGACAAAUAUUUGCUGUAUGAUGGUAGUGAAGAGGCUUUAAAUACAGGAUUUGAUAUUUUUUUGAAAACGCUGUCACUUUUUGUAUACAAUUAGACAUUAAAUGUAUUUUCAAGAUGA